UGAUUUUGGUUGAUGUUGUUGUAACAGUGAGGGUUGGUGUCGUGGUCACAGUCUUCAGGGAGUUUGUCCAACUUUGGGCCAACAUGCUGUCGAUUCCAGAUCUGAUCAAGAAGAAGAGAGAUGGAGGAGUGCUGACUGAUGAGCAGGUCACAACCUUCAUCCGGGCUGUUACAGACAAAACCAUCCAGGAUUGUCAGACAGGGGCGAUGCUGAUGGCUAUCUGGCAGAAGGGGAUGGUUGUCAAGGAGACCGAGACCCUGACCAGAGAGAUGAUGAAAUCGGGGGAAGUGAUGUCAUGGCCAAAGGAGUGGGCGGGGCUGAUGGUUGACAAACACUCGACAGGUGGAGUGGGAGAUAAAGUCAGCCUGGUGUUAGCACCUGCGCUAGCCGCCUGUGGCUGUAAGGUACCAAUGAUCAGUGGGCGGGGCUUGGCUCAUACUGGUGGAACUCUGGAUAAACUGGAGUCAAUACCAGGAUUCACCAUUCAGCAAUCAACAGCGCAGAUUCAGAAGAUUCUGGGCUCUGUGGGCUGUUGCAUUGUGGGACAGACGGAGAGGUUGGUUCCUGCAGAUCGAGUCCUGUACGCUCUGCGGGACGCCACCAGCACCGUGGACAGCUUACCCCUCAUUACCGGUUCUAUUAUCUCAAAGAAAGGUGCUGAGUCUCUGAAUGCUCUGGUGCUGGAUGUGAAGUUUGGUCGAGCAGCCCUGUAUAAAGAUCUGGACAGUGCUAAAGAACUGGCACAGUCAAUGGUGAACGUAGGAAACGGCCUGGGCAUGCGCACAGGUGCAGUCCUCAGCUGCAUGGAUGCUACGAUUGGUCGAUGUGUUGGCAACAGUCUGGAGGUGAUUGAAUCUCUGGAGACGCUGAAGGGAAAGGGACCUGAAGACCUGAUGGAGCUGGUUAUUACUCUGGGCGGUAUGCUGCUGAUGAUGACAGACUUGGUGUCGAACCUAUCAGAAGGCAGAAAGAAGAUUUCUGAUGCUGUGACUGGUGGAGCAGCUCUGUCCAAGUUCCAGGCCAUGAUGGAGGUUCAGGGUGUCGCCAAGGACGUGGCUCAGUCGCUGUGCUCCCCCAACACAGAUUAUCACCGUGUCCUGAGAAAAGCUGCCCAUCAGACCGAGCUGACCACUCCUGCAGAUGGUGUGGUCGUGGACGUGGACGGUUUAGUUUUAGCUGAAAUUCUUCACAAGCUGGGGGCGGGACGAUCAAUGGUCGGAGAACCUGUCAAUCACAGCGUGGGGGCGGAGCUGCUGGUGUCGCUAGGUCAGAAAGUCAAGAAAGGUGUCCCCUGGAUGCGGCUUCAUUAUGAGGAUCCAGCUCCGACUCCAGACCAGAUACAGCGACUGCAGAACGCUCUGAGUCUGGGAACAGACAAAAACAAACCAACACAACAAAAACAAACUCUGGUGAAAGAAGUUCUGCUGCCACAAAACAAGUAAAUGUAUUACUACAAAAUUACUAAUAAACAAAACAAGAAAUGGAGGCACCAGGAGGCAACAUUUAUAUCCUUUAUCCUUCCUAUGAGGUGGAUUUUCAACAACCUGGCAACACAAAAGUUGUUCUUAUUAAUGCAUUAAGAGGCAUUAUCAUCAAAUGAUUUAUUAACCAUUAAUCAAUCCAUUAAUUAGACAAAAGCAGCUGCUAAUUUGAAGCCAUAAAUUCACGAUUUUACAGUAAAUUUAUUUAAAAUGCAAAAUAACAAGUGUUUCAGCACAUUUUAAAAGUUUGUAAUUCACAUAACAAAUGAAUAGAUUGUAACAUAAAAACAAAAUAUAAAAAAGAAGUAUUCAGAUAUAUAUAGUAAUACCGCAAUGUAGAAAAACUGUUAAGUCCAAAAUUUUAUCCAAAUAAAAGUACAAAAGUAUUCUAAAUAUAAAUAUAAAUUUAAAAUAUACUAAGCAUAAAAGAAGUGAUUACGCAGAGUGGCUUAUUUCAGAAUAAUUAUCUUCAUGUGUUAUAAUUAUUGAUACAUGUUGCAGCUGGUAAGGACAGGACUUUAUAAACAGCUGUUAGCUUUAACCAAUAAUAAGGCAUCAUAAUGAAUACAUUUUUUAUAUGAGUUAUUAUUGAUCUGACAUAAAUCUGACAUUGAAACAUUGAUCUUAACAUAAAAAAAACAACAGCUGUAAAACAAAUGUAGUGCAGUAAAAAUUUGACUCUAAAAUGUGGAUUUCAUAGAAAGAUUUUUUUAAAUGUCCAAAGGUUUAUUAUUUCCAUUUCUACAGUUUCAUUUACUUCUGACAUCCAGUUUCUACAUGAACUGAAGCAGGUUAUUUGUUUCAUCUCUGCAGUUAAAUGUCCUGUAAAGAUAUUUGUUAGACAUGUGACCUCAAAUGCAUAUAUGACUAAAAUAUCGCAUUUGGUUUAAUUUGAAAUAUUUUCUUAUUAAAAAUUUUUAAUCAAUUGCCAGAUUGUUUUCAGUGAAUGAUUCAUGUUCUUUUCUCCUGUUCUCAGUCUUUGAUUCCAUUGAUAUUGUAUAUUAACUGUAUUUUCAAUAAAGAAUUAAUAUUCUCAA